GGUCCCUCGUUUUCUGGAGCGGGCGCAGGUCGCCAUCACAUGACGCCAACCCGUUACGCCUAAUCUCACCCGCUGCCAGCAUCCCCAAGUGCCCAACGGCAACCCCCCCUCUCCCCACGUUGUUUUAAGUAUCGGCGUCCGUCAGGUCGGGAGGGUGAGAGAGGGAGGGGGCGAUGGGGCUGUAGCAACAAAACAUAUGAUUCAUGUGCUCUGUAGGAUGCGGUGCUUUAAACCCUAUUCACCGUUUGGCUGUUUCGUGUCCCUGUCGAUCGAGCUGGGCUAGGGGUUUCGGGAGGAUUAUUCCGCAUCUGCAUUGACUCAUGGAGCUGGCUAAUGGGUUGACGGUUUGAACGGUUAGCUAUAGUGGCUGAAGAUGUCGUGUUAUGCGUAGGUGCGAGAUUGCUAGGGUUUUUUGGGACCACUGACGCAAGUAAUAAUCAUGGAGGCAUCCUCUGGCUCGGAAACAGACGGGGAUUUCAAUGGCAUGUCCAUUUUCCCAUUGAUCGAGACGGUCGUGGAUGGGGGAUCCGAAGUCUUGCCAGCAUUCGGUCGACCUAUAUCCGUCUCCGCAGUCUUCAAGAGCGAUAGACAAGGACGGUUUGUGGAAUUUUUCCGAAUUUAUCGACCAACUGAUAAGAACGAGAAGUUAGAACCCUUCAAGAGGUGCUAUUUGCAUCUAUCGCAGGUUGUGAAAAUAGGCCCGAAGCUUCAAAUGUGGGUUGUGGAGGAUUCCGACGCUAACGAGGGGCCUUCCCAGUCUAUGUCCUUUGGACUCCAAUGCUGUUUACAGAGAGCGAGUAAUGCUUUUUAUUCUGCAAUUCAGGAGUUCAAGAACAAUGGCACGAAGCUAGAAACUGUAGCGUCUACUGAUGCCAAUACAUUGGCUAAAAACAAGUUUGAGGAAAAAAUUGAUCCAUCAUCUGCUAAAAUGUACUUUCAUUACUACGGACAGUUACUGCAUCAACAAAACAUGCUCCAGGACUAUGUCCGAACAGGCACGUACUAUGCAGCUGUGAUUGAAAACCAUGCAGAUUUUCAUGGUAAAGUUGUGGUUGAUGUUGGAGCGGGCAGUGGCAUUCUCUCACUCUUUGCAGCACAGGCAGGUGCGAAGCAUGUAUAUGCCAUCGAGGCCUCAGCUAUGGCAGAUAAUGCCCGUCUACUUAUAGCUGGGAGUCCUUCGUUGAGCCAGCGUAUCACUGUCAUCCAUGGCAAAGUUGAGGAGGUUGAGCUGCCAGAGAAAGCAGACAUUCUAAUUUCAGACCCUAUGGGUACGUUAUUAGUGAACGAACGGAUGCUGGAAUCAUAUAUUAUUGCUCGUGAUCGAUUCUUAGUGCCAAAUGGCAAAAUGUUUCCUUCCAGAGGAAGGUUACAUAUGGCCCCUUUCAGAGAUGAACUUCUCUAUGGUGAAAUUGCUAAUAAGGCUUUGUUUUGGCAGCAGAAAAACUAUUAUGGGGUGGAUCUCACCGCUUUGCGGGACAAAGCCUUUCAAGGAUAUUUUUCGCAGCCUGUGGUAGAUGCAUUUGAUCCAAGGCUACUGAUUGCUCAACCUGUCAUCCACGACAUUGACUUUGUAACUGCUAAGGAGGAGGAUUUCUUUGAGAUUGAUGUUCCUUUGCAGUUCAAGUCGUCAGUCUCCGCUGGUGUUCACGGUUUGGCCUGUUGGUUUGAUGUAUUAUUUGAUGGCAGUGCGGUUCCGAGGUGGUUGACGACGUCUCCUGGGUCUCCCACCACGCAUUGGUAUCAGAUCCGAUGCUUAAUUUCACAACCACUUUGUGUAUUGGCUGGUCAGCCUGUUACUGGUCGCCUUCACAUGAUCGCCCAUAGUUCUCAAAGCUAUACAGUUCACUUGACCUUGUCAGCCUCCUCAAUGACACCAGAUCUAAACGGUGUUGGAGGGACACAAACAUCUACAGUAGAAUUGGAUUUGAAGGAACCAUAUUAUCGGAUGACGCAGUUCCCUGCAUACGCGUGGUUCCAGCAGGAACAAACUCAGCAGCCGGUUUCUUCCUCACUGCUGCUUCGAUAUGACAGUGUAUGAAGUACACUCCCUGUCCAACCAUCGGAGUCCUGCUGUAUCCAUAAUGUACUUCGAUGGUUGUAGACCGGGUGUGUGAUUUCUUAGACCUCCAAUGCCAUUAGACAUCCAAUGCCAUUAGACUCACCCUCAGGUAAGUCCAUUAAUAUCUCGUCGCCUAGUUGAAGAUAUUAGAGUGUGGUAGCUUUGAGUUUUUCUGUUUUUAUUAUCCAGGGCGAAAUGCCGUGCCACAUAGCUCUAGCGUUAAUUCGUAACUAGAGAUGUUGAAUCAUUCAGCAAUUUUGGGUUUCAACACUCGUGUGCGGACUGUUAAGUCCUUUUAGACUCACCAAUAUUCAAGUAUUAUUACAAAGGGCUAUCACAGAUAAGUAUCCGUGCAUCUAUUUACGGUCAAUACUUACAGAUAAUGCCUCAGAACUCUGUUUAUUUAUGCACACGAGUGCACAGCUUUUUCUCUUACAUGUACUUGAGGUCUCUAUGUUAUACCCUCAAGUAACAAUAUCAAA